UUUGCAUUCGACUGUCACUGCCAGUCAGCCUUCCAGCACGUUGUUAGUCACUGGCUCAGGUUCUGACACUACCUCGACACGGUACUCAUCUACACGGCAACGAUAACAUGUCUCAGAAAGGUCGUCCCAAUGGGCGGGCAGAAACGCGACCCUUGCUUGACCUGGGCGAGGACCUGGAGGACAGAGACGGAGCUUGCCAGGACUACAUCAACUCCGGCGAGCCUUCCAGCUUAGGUCCUGCCCCGGGCAUCCAGCCAACUACCAGCCAAGCCGGGCAGGACGAUCUCUUCGGCCUUCCUCCGUACGACGCGACCAUCGUGGACUACACUUCCAACAAUCCCGCGGUCGAGGAACCGCCCCCAGAUUUUGCGCCUUACGAGGCGGAAUACACCACGGACAGCAAUGGAAAUAUUAUCUCCCAUGAUAAGCACCUGAACGAAGACGGUGAAGCGCUGUAUCGUUUCCUCCUGUCCCAGUGCCCUGCACCUCCCGUUCUGCGUAUCACCUGCGAGGGCACUCAUACCGAGCACAGAACGCGUCAAGUUACUCGUGACGGGCGCACUACGACAGAACACUACUCCGAGACUAUCACCGAUUUCUCCUUCGCCAUCGACGUCGAGCCCCCUCUUCCCCCAGUGCACUGGACUGUCGCAGAUCACGAGCCUGCAUAUCGUGGUCUCAUGGUGCAAGAGGUUGAAGGACCGCAUGGCAAGCAGAGGGUCGCUCGCUCUGAGCGCAAGCGGCAUGAUGCUUGGGCCGAGGAACGCUGGCUGAGGGGUAUACCACCUUGGAUAUUGGAACCCGCGUUCGAUAGCGGUGACCUCGAAAGUGCGGGGUCACUGCUAAGCUCGCACACUGUGCGCGACUGGGCCGACAAGUACUGCGCGAGCCCGAAGUACUUGAAGGAGUUUGUGUUCGUGAAGACGCUCUACGGUUGGAACAUCCAACAGCUGGAGGACGCCGUUCGCUCGUACAUCGGCACCUUCUACCACGACACCGUGUCGGUGGAAAUUCGAACGCUCCGGAACAAGAUCUACAUUCGUCCAGACAACCGCCUCUCGCGCACAUUGUCUAACAAAUGGCUCAAGUUCUUAUCUAUCGUCCUACUCAUCUUUCCUUUCAUCUGGCUCUUCAAGCGCUUCCAUAAGCGAGGUGGUGGACGAUGGAAGGUCGCUGGCGCAGCCUUCGCCAUGAAGCGGUGGGACUCAGUAACAUCCGACACGGCACCGAGUGAACUCAAAAAAGAUGCGCCGCCGUCUUUUGAGUCUUCAGAUACUCCAGGAGCAUCCUCAUCUCUCGGCCCAACAUAUUCGUCUGCAGCUGGUCCUUCUGCUGUCAUCCAAACACCGAUGGGUCCGCGCAAGGUUGUGGGCAUCCGCGAAGGUGAAUGGUUUAGACUGUGGCAGUCGACGAUCGCGCAAUGCGUUACACGACGAUACAUUUGCGCGUCGCGUCCUAUGACCUCGCCAUUGCAGGAGCGACCAACAGCGCCACUGGCAGCCACUCAGCUCGAUGGGUAUUGAAGUCUGAGUAUCGAGGCUGCAGUGUUUGCAUUCGUUGAUACCGAAAUUCAUUGGUUCAUUUGGGAUUGCUAUAUACUGUAAUAGGUAUUUGCGAAGGGAAUGGACAAGAGGCUCUUCAGUCGCUUUGCGAGAGACGAAUGAUGACAUGUUUAUCCAGACUAUGGCCAGAGGUAGUGAGUGACAUACAACUGGCCUCAAACGAGGACAUAUUCUUCUGCCACCGUAUUUCGAAUGACUCCGGCUGCAUGGGCUCUACACCGGC